CACACGCGCUCAUGCUGCUGCUGCUGCUGCUGGAAGUCUUUCUGCACAGGGAUUAGCAGCCGCCUCCUUCUCUCUCUGUAUCUCUUUCUUCUCCUUUCCUUUUCUUUCUCCUUCUCUCCCUCAAACGCUUGACUGACGGACGGCGGGCAUAAAAAGGGACAAGAAGGAAUUUUCCUGAAAAGGCCAGACUCUUUCAAUGCCUGAAACAGUUUUUCUCAUCUUCUCCAUUGCAUCCAUACGUGGGAUCACCAAAGUUCCUAAGAAAUCAUAAGGGUCAUAUUGUUCAGGAUUUCAAAGAGCCACCGUUUAUCUUUGUGGAUACAAGUAAACGAACAAUGGUGUCCGGACCAUCUGUUCAAGCUGCUUAAGAACAGUCUUCUGUGCAAAUGGCAUGAAAGCAGGGAAAAAGAGCAAUAAUCCCAAUUGGCAGUCCAAAAAUAACCAGAUUGGAGGGUGGAAGGAAAAAGAAGGAAAAGGGAAGAGAAAAAUGGAGAACAGUCAAGCAUCAAAUAUUGCAACUGACAUCUGAAUUAAAGAGCGUGCAAAAAAUCUCUUCCCUCUCUAAGCAUUGAAACAAAUUAAAAUGGAAAAGUGACUAAAGGAGAUAAUAUGGAGCCUCAAUCACAUGGAUUGUCUGUGAUUAAUAGAAAGUAAUGAAGCUACUCCUCUUACUUUAAAAAAAUCUUCUACGUGGGAAGCAAGUGAAAGAUCUCUAGAGUCACAAACUUAGGUCUGACUGUAGGAUACCCAAAAGAGAGCAAACCAAGUAUGUAUGUGACAACCUAGUUCCAAAUUUUGGAGUAUAUUCCUUCUCAUCCCCUUUCUCCCUUCACCCACCCAAACAGCAUUCUGGAAACUCCAUGAAAAUGCUGUAAACAGAAUACUGAGGUCAUAAAGUCCAGCAUCCUACAGAUCGAGAAGGAUAAAAGGAGACAUCUAAGCUCAUAUAUAUAUAAGGCCUUUCUCUGAGAUCUGCCCGUUGCAUAGCCAUACGUAUUAGAUGACUUUGGGACUUGCUUUCCAUCAACAAUGAAGGGAUUAUCUAGCAGCCGUAGUCAUCAUCAUGGGGUUACCUGUGACCCUCCGUGUGACAGUCUGCCACGUCACCCAGACCGGAAGCCAUAUUUGUUAAAUCCAGUGGACCCUCACCCGGCAGAUCACCCUUACUACACUCAAAGGAACUCUUUUCAGGCAGAAUGCAUGGUGCCCUACAGUGAUCAGAUUGCUAGCAGCACUUUUCCUCGGAGACAUUACAAUUCUCACCAUGAACUUAAAGACGAGUGCACUCUUGUUCCCCAUGGAACUGCCAAUAAAACUAACCGCAUUCAUGCCAACCUUUUGGACCAGUUUGAACGGCAGUUGCCUCUCAAUCGCGAUGGCUACCAUACGCUGCAGUACAAGCGGACUGCCAUGGAGCACCGCAGUGACAGCCCGGGGAGGAUCCGGCAUUUGGUUCAUUCUGUCCAAAAGCUCUUUACCAAGUCCCAUUCGCUCGAGGGACCCUCCAAGGGCAGUGUCAACGGGAGCAAAGCGAGCCCAGAGGAGUCACAGACCAUGAGGUAUGGGAAGCGUAGCAAGAGUAAAGAAAGGCGAUCAGAAGGUAAGCCCAGAUCCAAUGCCUCAGGAUGGUGGAGUUCAGAUGACAACUUGGACAAUGAUGUUUGCAUUUAUCAUGGCCCCAGUGGUGUCAUGACCAUGGGAAGAUGCCCUGAUCGUUCUUCUUCCCAAUACUUUAUGGAAGCCUAUAACACUAUUAGUGAACAUACUGUGAAGUCAUCCAGAAGCAAUAAUGAUGUCAAAUGCUCUACCUGUGCAAACCUGCCUGUGAAUUUGGACUCCCAGCUAAUGAAGAAAAGCUCUUGGUCCUCUACACUAACCGUGAGCAGAGCCCGUGAAGUUUACCAGAAAGCAUCAGUUAACAUGGACCAGACAGUGGUGAAGGCAGAGACGUGUCAACAGGAACGGUCAUGUCAGUACCUUCAGGUUCCUCAAGAUGAAUGGACUGGGUACACUCCACGAGGGAAAGAUGAUGAGAUUCCCUGCCGGCGAAUGCGGAGCGGCAGUUACAUUAAAGCCAUGGGGGAUGAUGACAGUGGAGACUCGGACACAAGUCCGAAGCCAUCUCCAAAGAUUGCGGCACGAAGAGAGAGCUAUCUCAAGGCCACCCAGCCAUCCCUUACAGAGCUCACCACCCUCAAGAUAUCCAGUGAACACUCACCAAAGCUUCAGAUCCGGAGCCACAGCUACCUGCGGGCAGUGAGUGAAGUCUCUAUCAACAGGAGUCUGGACAGUCUGGACCCUGCUGGGCUGCUGACGUCCCCCAAAUUUCGCUCCCGGAACGAGAGCUACAUGAGAGCCAUGAGCACCAUUAGUCAGGUGAGUGAGAUGGAGGUGAAUGGGCAGUUUGAGUCCGUCUGUGAGUCGGUGUUCAGUGAACUCGAGUCUCAGGCCGUGGAGGCCCUGGACCUGCCGAUGCCUGGCUGUUUCCGCAUGAGGAGCCACAGCUAUGUGAGGGCCAUUGAGAAGGGCUGCUCCCAGGACGAUGAGUGCAUAUCGCUGCGAUCCUCGUCUCCCCCGCGUACAACCACGACGGUGAGGACCAUCCAGAGCAGUACUGUGUCAUCCUGCAUCACCACCUAUAAGAAGACACCGCCUCCAGUUCCACCAAGAACUACCACCAAACCAUUUAUUUCCAUCACAGCCCAGAGCAGCACAGAGUCUGCCCAGGAUGCAUAUAUGGAUGGGCAUGGACAGAGGGGAGAUAUCAUCAGUCAGUCAGGACUUAGCAACUCCACGGAGAGCUUGGACAGUAUGAAGGCGCUAACAGCUGCUAUUGAAGCUGCCAACGCACAGAUUCAUGGCCCCGCAAGUCAACAUGUAGGAAACAAUACUGCCACUGUCACCACCACCACCACCAUUGCCACAGUUGCUGUAGAAGAUAGAAAGAAGGACCACUUCAAGAAAAACAGAUGUUUAUCCAUUGGAAUACAGGUUGAUGGUGCUGAAGAAUCUACCAAAUCAGGUGAAAAUAAAGCAACCAGUAAGUUCCAGUCCAUAGGAGUUCAAGUAGAAGAAGAGAAGUGCUUUCGCAGGUUUACACGAUCUAAUAGUGUAACAACAGCCGUGCAAGCAGACCUGGAUUUCCAUGAGAACUUUGAAAUAAUUGACCCACAAGAGGAUAAUACGUGUUCUGGACAAAUGUCAAGACAAUAUUCGCGAGACGCAAGCACCUCUACUGUUAGCAUACAAGGGUCAGGGAAUCAUUACCAUGCAUGUGCAGUGGAUGAUGACUUUGAUACAGAUUUUGAUCCAUCCAUUUUACCUCCUCCUGACCCCUGGAUUGACUCUAUCACUGAAGAUCCUCUGGAAGCUGUUCAAAGGUCAGUGUGUCCACGGGAUGGGCACUGGUUUCUGAAGCUUCUUCAGGCAGAGAGGGAUCGUAUGGAGGGCUGGUGCCAACAGAUGGAGAGAGAAGAGCGGGAAAACAACUUACCUGAGGACAUUCUAGGGAAAAUUCGAACUGCAGUGGGCAGUGCCCAGCUUCUAAUGGCCCAGAAAUUUUACCAGUUCAGAGAACUUUGCGAAGAAAACCUGAAUCCUAAUGCACAUCCACGGCCGACCUCCCAGGAUUUAGCAGGGUUUUGGGAUAUGCUGCAGUUGUCCAUAGAAAAUAUUAGUAUGAAAUUUGAUGAACUUCAUCAGUUAAAGGCCAAUAAUUGGAAACAGAUGGAUCCUCAUGACAAGAAGGAGAGAAGGGUCCCUCCUCCAGUGCCAAAGAAGCCAUCGAAAGGUCAGGUGCCACUCAUACGAGAACGCUCUCUGGAAAGCUCACAGCGUCAAGAGGCCCGGAAGCGGCUGAUGGCUGCCAAACGAGCUGCAUCCGUCCGGCAGAACUCAGCUACCGAGAGCGCCGAAAGCAUUGAGAUAUACAUCCCCGAAGCCCAGACCAGGCUAUGAAGGGAUCCACCCAGGAGGACUCUCACUGGCAAGACAAGUCUCAUGUAUAAUCUGCCCCUCUAGGUUCCUGCUCAAGGUCACCAUUAAGUAUUUGUACUUCCUCCCUCUCUCGCGCUCCCUCACCCUCUCUUUCCCCCUUCCCGCUCCCUGUACACGGUCCCGAUGACCCCAUAAAUUCCACUUCUGUGGUGUAGUUGUCGACCCUCCAAGAGAUGUCCUCUUACUAACCCUUGCUUCCUAAAGGUUUGCCCAUGUCAUCAUGAUGCUUUGUCACAUGUACUGAUGCUGCCACUUUGCCUCAUGUAAAAGAGUACAAUCCUUUUUCUGUUUGAAGCAAAUAAACACGACUCUCCGACUUCCAUACACACACGCGCGCACGCACACGCACACGUACACACACACACCUGUACAGUAGAUGCUCCAUUUAACUUAUUCAUGGUCUUUAGUUGAUCUAAAGCUAGUCUGUUACCUAGUGUACAGCAAUAUCAAACCGUAGGGGAUUUUGGAAAUUUCAGUCAUGCAGGGUGAUCCUUUUGGACUCUGCCGUCUUCCUCAUAAAAGAUGAAAGGAGCUAUGACUCAGAUUCCCUUCUUUUUAUUACUGUUUUUUUUUUUUUAAAGCAGAUGGCGCACUUUAUUCUAAACCUCUGAAUCACACCUUCUCACCUGAAUUUAAGGAGUCACAAAGGGAGGGUUUGGGGUGGGAGUGUGGGGGUGGGAGGGGGUAGAAACACAGAUCUUGUGGUGAAAAAGAGGAGGUAUAUCCCGCAGGUGAGAUGGUGAGGGAUAGAAAAGAUCCUGUGGAAAGAUACCUGCACACUCAGAGCUGCACAAACUGCCUCAUUUUUAUUUCAUCAAUCACGACUUAAACAUUUCAAUCAGCAGAAGAUUGUAAAUUCGAUCUUCCAGGGAAAUAAUCUAUUUUGAAAGGCAAUAAAAGAGCAAAAAGGAAGGAGAUAAGAAGCAAUGACAGUUGAAGAUAAUGUAAAAGAAGGAUUUUCUUGUCCGAGUAUUAAGAAUUUUUAAAAUUGUACUGUAUUGUCAAUUCCUCUUGUAUUGUAUUGUAUGGAUUAUAUUGGUUAAAAAAAAAGAAAAAAGAAAAAAAGCUUGGUUUUGUUGAUGUCUUAAUCUUGGUGGGACUAUCCAAUUUCACACAUACACACAGCCACACACAAACACCUGUAACUGAAAUGCUGUAAACGGGACCUAUGACGCUUUUCCAGGCGAGGCUUGCUUUGCCCUAUACACAGCUGGUUGUACACUACAGUUCAAACCGCUUGUCACCAAAUGGGCCAUACCUAGGGGUAAGUUUCUUUUUCAGUCUCCUAAUAAUACAAAAUACCCGUUUGAACAAGAACAAUGAAGUGUUUUUCACAAGUUAUGGGAUCAAUAUGAACUUAGCUUUUUUUCACGGCAGGCCUUCCUACCCUGGUUUCUGCCAUUGCUUUGCAGUCAUCAAAAAUGUGCAUCCCAAGUAGCUCGUUAAUCUUGGGGGUAAAUCACAGACAAUUGGGCUGGAAAGGCUUGUGAGAGGUCAUCUUCUGGGGGAGUCUGUGCCCCUGGCCACCCUGGCUGAGGCAGGAGCUUGUCCUUGAGCUUCUCUGAGGGGGAGAUGCCAACCAGACGCUCACGUGCCAACAUGAGGAAAGCUGCGUCCGGCAUGUUGCCGAAAACAAGUUGUGUGUGCGUGUGCGUGUGCGUGUGUGUGUGUGUGUGUGUGUGUACACAUGCCCAGCUGGCGUGCGCUGGUGAAAGUCGACUUGCUGAGAGCUGGUUUGGCUGGUGUGGCCGUACCAGGAGCCACGGCAGAAGAGUGCUGCCCUGGCGUUCGUGGUUUUGCACUCCUCCGCUGGCCCUCGCGAUCGCUUCCCCUGGCGCCACGUUAGAGCCAGGGGUACGCAAGAGAGGAAAGUUGCCGCCGUCUCUACACGGGAACAGGCACGGGGAAAAAUGCCCCUGACGGAGGGGCACGGCAUGCAUGACGCCAGCCCAGAGCUGGCUUUAAACGCCCUUAGCUGUUAAAACGGUAUGAAGGGGCCGACUGUGAAACAUCCCACAGCGUGGCUGGCAUAAUGCUGUAGCUCGCAUUUAAAAAGCAUUUGAAUUUGUCAUCGAAAAGUUACACUCUUGCUAAAACUGUUCGUCAAGAUCAUGCCAGACAGCUUAUUUUACUACAACAUCAUAGCCAGGUGCUAAUUUAAUUUUAUUCAAGAAAAUAGGGAGGUAAUAGGUUCUGGCGCCAAAUAUUUCCAUGAGAGCAUACUAAAACCACUAGAGAAUUUGCUACCUCUCAAAGCCAUUGAUAUCUGAGCUAUGUCUUUAUAAACAGGGCACAAAUAUUUACUGCUGUGGUUUACAAGAUAAGGGCUAAUAAUUUAAUAUAUAAAAGACUUUUAACUAGAGUAAUCAGAAAUCCAGUGUAACCCUAGCGUGCUUUGUGUUACAGGAGUUUUGAAAGGUUUCACCCUCUAAGCAUGUGAACACCAGUGUAUUUGCUAGUUUUAAAAAACUUCAUUUAACUUUUAGCAGCAAUGAAAGAUCACACUGUUUGCAGUAUAUAAUAGUGCCAACUGCCACUUUUGAGCAUAUUGUCAUGUUAAGUAUUAAUUAUUUGGAACUCAUUUGUACUAAAAUAUACAAAGCAGUAUCGAGGUGAGAGUCCACAUUCAGAACUGUUUAGACUAUUUAGUUUUGUGAACAUUUUAUGAAAGAUGAGUUAAGAUUUUGGUUGACAAGUGGCUACAGAAAUUUAUAUCUAGCAAGCUCCAAAAAAAAAAAAAACAACAGAAAAGCAAAGACUAUUUUGUCUUGUACAUUAUGAAUUAUUGUAUUUGUAUAUCAUAGAAUAUUUUUCAUAUGUAUUUUAAAUAAAUCUAUUCUUAGCUGAAUGCCUGUUAGUUCAUUUGGCUCUGCAGAGGGUAUUAUGAUGUCUGCUUAGCUUUUUAGCAAAAUCUAAGAAGUACACCCGGGACCAGUAAAUUUAAAAUAAAAUACUGCCCUUCUGCCAAUAGAAUGCCACUAGUUAACCACUUGACUCAUUUAGCAACACUAAUAUUAAUAUAUUUGCACCAUCGUUUGCUUUGGUAUAACUUAUAACUAUCUGUUUUCAGUCUAAUCUGCCCAUUGUAAAUUAAAAACGCCUAUAUUCUGUUUUACUUUGCUACAAAAGUGUUGGUUUUUUUUCUGGGGGGAAAUUUUAGAAAAGGUUGUUUUUGUCUCCUGCUUUGAAAGUUAAAAAAAAAAAAGUAUUUAUUAUAUUUUUUGCAGAUGUUUCCAUAAAAUUCUCAUAAUCUUUUUGUAAAGAAAGAUGAAGAAAUGGAUUAAAGAUUUUUAAUAUUUGAAAAGGUAAAUAGAAAUAAUUUAUUUGUAAUAUAUUUCAGUUUAUUUAUUGAUGUUCCCUUAAGGUUUUGAUGUGCACUAUCACUUUAAUUUAAACUGUAUUUUUGUGAUUUUAUUGUUUCUUUUUUUAAGGUCAAAUGCAUAUUUUAAGUAACUGCAAUGUAAACCACUGGCCUACCUGCAUUCCCAAAAGUGAUUUUAAACCUGUUUUUUUGAUUUGAAACAGAAGAUACAAAUUUGAAAGCCUUUAGACAGAGGAGAGUGUUUUUAUGGCUUAAUGAUUUGGGUUUUCAUAGGAUUAUCUAUAUCUAGUUUGUGUGUGGACAGGAAAAUGUAAAUAGAUGAAUGUUUCCCAUAAUGUACAAAGAGCAAAGUAAUAAAAUAAUUAAUGCACUGCU